GCAGCUGGAAGGUUGUGUUGUCUGGGUGUGUGGCGCAGGUGCAGCUUUAUGCGCUUGUAAAGUGGGUGUUUACAGUCAUGGUGAGCCACAAUAACGUGUAGUAGUCCUGUGAGGAAGACCUUCAGAAGAUAGACAGUCUGGUGGUGGGCUUUAUGAUGACAAACUGCGGAGCACUGUAAAACAGAUUUUCACCACUAUGAGGGACAGACUAAGCCAUCUUCAUGCUUUGUCCCAAUCAAACGGCCAUGUGGAGGAGCUAGAGAGUGCUGCAGCUUACCUUCCCUCACAUAACACUCAUGGAGAAGCUCCUCAGCAGGACAGCAAUGACUCCGAGAUAGAGGCCGUGUUUGAAGAGGCUCGUGGCAUUCGGCGUGAUGUUCAGCUCAUCAUCCUGGAUGUGAAGCAUCUCCAAGUUCAGAAUGCUCGCAUUUACACUGAGCUUCCAAACUCCACACCGACUGUUGUUCAGCAGGACUCAAGUGCCAUCGCUGCUAAAAUCAAAGCCCGUGCUGAAGACCUGAUGGUGUGUCUACGGAAGAUGGAUGAGCAUACCAAGGAACUGGAGAAACAGCACGGCGCUGACGCAGCCAUUUCUAGAAUUGCCCGUACUCAGUACACUGGCCUGAGCAGCAGCUUCCGAGAAGCAAUGUUGGCAUACAAUGAAGCUGAGAUGAGCCACAGAGAGACGUGCAAACAGCACAUCCAGCGGCAGAUGGAGAUUGUGGGCCGAGAGGUGACAGGUGAGCAGAUUGAGGAGAUGCUGGAGAACGGCCAGUGGAAUGUGUUUAGUGUAAAUAUGCUCUCGGAGGGGAAAACGGCACGCUCUGCACUCGACCAGAUUGAAAGCAGACACCGUGACCUACUGGAGUUGGAGAAGCGCAUCAAGGGCAUCCAUGAACUGUUCCUAGAUGUGGCCAUGCUGGUGGAAGAACAGAGCUCACUGAUUGACUACAUUCAGACAAAUGUCCAAAACACCGAUGCAGCAAUGAAGGGUGUCUUGAUGAAGUUUGAAAGAGCUAAAAGGCAUGACCGGAGCAAUCCCUUCAAAAAGAUUUUCUUUUGGAGGCGUUAAUUUUGUAUUUUUUUCUGUGAUUGUACUGAUUACUAUUUAAGAGUUGCAUUGCUUAUACUUUAGAUACUUGAAUAUUAAUAUUUUACAUGAAUAUCUAUCUUUGAAGCAGCUGACCAAAUACACGCUAUUAAAUCUUAAUAAUUUAAACAAAAAACAGGACAUAUUUGUGUGUGUAUGUGUGUUUAAUAAAAUGUGAAUGUCCA